AGGUGCUGAUUCAUCAUUGACACCAGGCUGAGAGUGGGAUCACCUUGCCGCCUUUGUUCACAGGAACUGCAUUCUGUAUCACAAGGUGGGAGGUGGGGCAAGAGCAAGUGUUGUCUGGUUAUAUCACAAGUACCAAUGUCCUGCUGAACUGCUGUGGGAGCCCAGCGGCAAGAGGACCUAAGUUCAUCUGGGGCAGGAUGCGGAGACUCCCAGGACACCAUCAAAGCUGCAUCUGGAAUGAUCAGGAGACAUUUGAUAGCUCCUCCUCCCUCCCCAACUCUGGAGCAGACCGACAUAGUCCUCACAGUACUUUCAAGAGCAGAGGAAAAAUAUGAGACUUGCUCUCCUCAUCACCCCGAAAAUAACCAGAGGAUGCUUCUUCUCUGGCCUCACAGGCUGAGCAGGCAGCCUGUGAUGGGGCCCUGCUCAGAAGACCCCCACCUCUGCAGGCCCUCCAGGCUCCUGGGAUUCACCAGCUUCCUCCUCAGUGUCUGCAGCACUGAGGUCAAGAGUUCUGGAGCACAUGGUUCUGGAGUUCAGGAUUCUGGAGCCCAUGUUUCCCUGCAGGGGGUCCAAGGAGGUUCUGUGUUGUUUCAUCUGACCAAGAAUCAAGAAGCUGACCCAGAAGAGGUCUCAUGGGGCUUUGGCCCUGAGUCAAACUACAGAGUCCUGCUGCAAGUCCGCCGUGGAGCAGACACCCCAACCUGGGUCAGCCUCCAGGACAAGUACCAGCACAGGGUCCAUGUACCCAAUGUGACAUCCCUGAGGAUUGAGAACCUGACCCAAGAGGACAGUGGGCAGUACCGGGCUCGAGCCAGCUUCCCUGGAGGAAGAGAACUUGCCCAGGUUUUCCUCCUCACUGUCUAUGGAACUGUACCCCUUCCUGAGAUCCAUGUCAAGUCAGCAUCCAUCACACCAGGCUGGUGCAAUGUCACUCUGGAGUGCAGAGCCCCAGGGGAUACAGAGGACCUGAAGGUGAACUGGGAGAUCAAGGGCCUUCCCAGGGAGCUGGAGCAGAGAGUGACAUCAGAACUACCCUCCAACUCCAGGAACCUGACUCUGAACCUGCCCCUGAGCCAGCCUGCUGCCAGCUUGAACUGUGUGGUCAGCAACCAGGUGGACCAGAAAACUGCCACCUUAGACCUGGGGAAAGUCUGUGUCUCUGAUUCACCUAGAAACAGCAGUGCUAAGACCCUGCCAGGCAUCAUAGGGGCUGUUGUGAUUAUGCUGUUGAUCCUCGUAAUUGGACUGUUCCUUUGGAAGACCUAUAAGAAGAAGAGGAAGAUGAAGACUGGAAGAGGUGUAGAAUUUCAGGGUGACCCCGGGGACAAUGAUGGUGGCAUCCAGUAUGCGGAGCUGAGCCAGCAGGGGUCUGGAGAGGUCACACACAAGGGUGCUGGUAAACAACAUUUAGAAGAAAAGGAGUCUAGUACUGUCUACAGUGAGGUCUAUAAGCCAGAAAGGGAGGCCAUGAAGAUAACUUAAUUGGAGAAAGCAGAAGAAUCAGAACUACUAGGACACCUCCACUCGGAGCUUGAUUCCUGCAGACACCUGCCUCUCUCAGAUCUGGUCCAGCUCCAGCUGCCUCUGUGACCCGCCCACCCUCAAGUGCCUGCACACAUGUGGCCUUCUCACAACCUCUGUCAACUUCCCCAGCUGUCUUCCCACUCAAGAUCCUCACCCUGCAGGACGAGAGCUCUUCCAUCAUUGACCCAGCAACUAGCCCCUCUUUUCCUGAAACUUCCCAAAGAGGACCUUCCUGCACAUGAUAAUCCCCACAGCCUCUGCUGUGUGACUGGUGUGUAUCUUUCUGAGCAUUCAAGCCCAGGUGUGGAGACAGUGUAAAGGUGUUGACCAGACUACAGAGGACAAGGUUAGGCUUUGGUGCUGGGUGCUGAGUUGGGCAUCUGUGGAGGCAGCAUGGGUAGGUGGGAGCUCAUAAAGAACUGGCCUGAGGUUUCCUUUGCCCCUUAUGUCGGGCAAAAGUUGUAUAUCAGGCAGUGUGUUUGUGUGUGUAUGUCUAUUUGUCGCUAUGUGUGCUGGGGGGAUAGCCUGUGCAAAUUAUACAGUGGUCCAGCCCUCGUUCCUGAUCACUAGUACUAACUAACCUCAGCUUCAGCUUGUGGACCUCAAAUCCACCUCCUGUGGAGUGGGUAGAGGAAUUUGUACUGUUUCUGGCCCUUCAAAACCUUCUGUGUCUCAGAAGGACCCAUGUUGAGAUUUGUAUUCUUAGAAAAGCAGCUUCAGGGCAUUCCUGUCUGGGGUGGGGGUCAUUAGAAUGGAAGUGCAGUGUACUAGCCCCCCAACACACACACACUCUAACGAAGCUGCUGUGAGAAGUAAAGCUUGUGGGAAGGUGUGAA